AGACAGAGGAAUUACGAACAGGUUUAUUAAACGGUUUAUAGGAGACUUAUAGAGAAUUAGAAAAAUGAAGAGUACAUUUGCUAUAGUUCUGUUGUUUGUAUGCCUUGUUGGAAUAGUAUCUGUAAAUGGACAGGAACUUUACAUGACCGAUGAUCAAUGCAAACUAGUAGUAAAAGGUUGCAUGUCCAACAAUUACAAAAAGGCUGUGGAAGCGGACAAGAAUUGUAAUGACUGUUGCAGACGAUCUGGUUGUGCACGUGGUGAUUGCAAAGGCAGACAUUGUAAAUGUAAAGGAUGUUGAAGAAUAAAAAGUUGCCAUCUGAGACUGUUUCAAAUUCACAGUUUACUAUUACUUAAAUCUCGUUAUAUUCGAGACUUUCAUUUGAAUGAUUAAAAUAAUUACAUUUAUAAA